CCAUGCCGUUUUCCUCAAACGCUGGGGCGGGAGGCUCAGGGCGGAGCGCGGCGAGUGUAAGCCGGGGUCUGCAACAUUGUCCCUCGGCGUCGGUGGAGAGAUGCUGAAGUUCAAGUAUGGAGUGCGGAACCCACUGGAUGCCAGUGCCUCCGAGCCCAUUGCCAGUCGGGCCUCCAGGCUAAAUGCCUUCUUUCAGGGGAAACCGCCCCCCGUGAUUCAACAGCAGCAGUCUGCUCUUUCCCGGGAAGGGAUCUUAGACGGCCUCUUUGUUCUCUUUGAAGAGUGUAGCCAGCCCGCCCUGAUGAAGAUGAAGCACGUGAGCAGCUUUGUCCAGAAGUAUUCCGACACAAUAGCCGAAUUACGGGAGCUCCAGCCUUCUGUGAAAGACUUUGAAGUCCGGAGUCUUGUGGGCUGUGGUCACUUUGCUGAGGUGCAGGUGGUUAGAGAGAAGGCGACUGGGGAUGUCUAUGCUAUGAAAAUCAUGAAGAAGAAGGCUUUGCUGGCCCAGGAGCAGGUUUCAUUUUUCGAGGAAGAGCGGAACAUAUUAUCUCGGAGCACGAGCCCUUGGAUCCCCCAAUUACAGUAUGCCUUUCAGGACAAAAAUAACCUUUACCUGGUCAUGGAAUAUCAGCCUGGAGGGGAUUUAUUGUCACUUCUGAAUAGAUAUGAGGACCAAUUAGAUGAAAAUAUGAUUCAGUUUUACCUUGCUGAGCUGAUUUUGGCUGUUCACAGCCUGCAUCAGAUGGGAUAUGUGCAUCGAGACAUCAAACCUGAGAACAUCCUCAUUGACCGGACGGGACACAUCAAGCUGGUGGAUUUUGGAUCAGCUGCUAAAAUGAAUUCAAAUAAGGUGAAUGCCAAACUCCCCAUUGGGACCCCAGACUACAUGGCUCCCGAAGUACUGACCGUGAUGAAUGAGGACCGACGAGGCGCCUACGGGCUGGAAUGUGACUGGUGGUCAGUGGGAGUGGUCGCCUAUGAGAUGGUUUACGGGAGAACCCCAUUCACAGAGGGAACCUCUGCCCGCACCUUCAGCAACAUCAUGAACUUCCAGCGAUUUUUGAAGUUUCCCGAAGACCCAAAAGUUAGCAGUGAGUUCCUGGAUCUGAUUCAGAGUUUGCUGUGUGGCCCGAAGGAGAGGCUGACGUUUGAGGGUCUCUGCCGCCACCCCUUCUUUGCCGGCACUGAUUGGAGUGACAUCCGUAACUCUCCUCCCCCCUUCGUUCCCACCCUCAAGUCUGAUGAUGACACCUCCAAUUUCGAUGAACCAGAGAAGAAUUCGUGGGUUUCAUCCUCUCCGUGCCAGCUGAGCCCCUCGGGGUUCUCAGGCGAAGAACUGCCGUUUGUGGGCUUUUCCUACAGCAAGGCACUAGGACUUCUUGGUAGAUCUGAGUCUGUUGUGUCGGGUCUGGACUCCCCUGCCAAGACUAGCUCCAUGGAAAAGAAACUUCUCAUCAAAAGCAAAGAGCUGCAAGACUCGCAGGACAAGUGUCACAAGAUGGAGCAGGAAAUGACCCGGUUACAUCGGAGAGUAUCAGAGGUGGAGGCUGUGCUUAGUCAGAAGGAGGUGGAACUGAAGGCCUCUGAGACUCAGAGAUCCCUCCUGGAGCAGGACCUUGCCACCUACAUCACAGAAUGCAGUAGUUUAAAGCGAAGUCUGGAGCAAGCACGGAUGGAGGUGUCCCAGGAGGAUGACAAAGCCCUGCAGCUUCUCCAUGACAUCAGAGAGCAAAGCCGGAAGCUCCAAGAGAUCAAGGAGCAGGAGUACCAGGCUCAGGUGGAAGAAAUGAGGCUGAUGAUGAGUCAGUUGGAAGAGGACCUCGUGUCCGCCCGGAGACGCAGCGAUCUGUACGAGUCCGAGCUGAGAGAGUCUCGGCUUGCCGCUGAGGAAUUCAAGCGGAAGGCAACCGAAUGUCAGCACAAAUUGAUGAAGGUAGUCAGCCACCCUCCAAGAGGGGACUUUGGGGGCACGGCCCUGGAUGAUCUUCACAAGAUGCAAGGCCACGCUGGCUUAAUGAGUGCUAAGGACCAAGGGAAGCCUGAAGUGGGAGAAUAUUCCAAACUUGAGAAGAUCAAUGCUGAGCAGCAGCUCAAAAUCCAGGAGCUCCAGGAGAAGCUGGAAAAGGCUGUAAAAGCUAGUACAGAGGCCACUGAGCUCCUGCAGAAUAUCCGCCAGGCCAAGGAGCGAGCCGAGAGGGAGCUGGAGAAGCUGCACAACCGGGAAGAUUCUUCCGAAGGCAUCAAAAAGAAGCUGGUUGAAGCCGAGGAACGCCGCCACUCUCUGGAGAACAAGGUAAAGAGACUAGAGACCAUGGAGCGUAGAGAGAACAGACUGAAGGACGACAUCCAGACAAAGUCCCAACAGAUCCAGCAGAUGGCUGAUAAAAUUCUGGAGCUGGAGGAGAAACACCGGGAGGCUCAGGUCUCAGCACAGCACCUGGAAGUCCACUUGAAACAGAAGGAGCAGCACUACGAGGAGAAGAUUAAAGUGUUGGACAAUCAGAUAAAGAAAGACCUGGCCGACAAGGAGAGCCUGGAGAACAUGAUGCAGAGACAUGAAGAGGAGGCCCAUGAGAAGGGCAAAAUCCUCAGCGAGCAGAAGGCGAUGAUCAACGCUAUGGACUCCAAGAUCAGAUCCCUGGAGCAGAGGAUUGUGGAACUGUCUGAGGCCAACAAGCUUGCGGCAAACAGCAGUCUCUUCACCCAGAGGAACAUGAAGGCCCAGGAAGAGAUGAUUUCAGAACUCAGGCAGCAGAAAUUUUACCUGGAGACACAGGCCGGGAAACUGGAGGCCCAGAACCGAAAGUUGGAGGAGCAGCUGGAGAAGAUCAGCCACCAGGACCACAGCGACAAGAGCCGGCUGCUGGAGCUGGAGACGAGGCUGAGGGAGGUCAGCCUGGAGCACGAGGAGCAGAAGCUGGAGCUGAAACGCCAGCUCACAGAGCUGCAGCUGUCCCUGCAGGAGCGCGAGUCCCAGCUGACGGCCCUGCAGGCGGCCAGGGCGGCCCUGGAGGGCCAGCUCCGCCAGGCAAAGACAGAGCUGGAGGAGACAACGGCGGAAGCAGAGGAGGAGAUCCAGGCCCUGACGGCACAUAGAGAUGAAAUCCAGCGCAAGUUUGAUGCCCUUCGCAGCAGCUGCACUGUCAUCACUGACCUGGAGGAGCAGCUGAACCAGCUGACCGAGGACAACGCUGAACUCAACAACCAAAACUUCUAUUUAUCUAAACAACUUGACGAGGCCUCCGGUGCCAACGAUGAGAUUGUGCAGCUGCGAAGUGAGGUGGACCAUCUCCGCCGUGAGAUCACGGAGAGGGAGAUGCAGCUCACCAGCCAGAAGCAAACGAUGGAGGCUCUGAAGACCACAUGCACCAUGCUGGAGGAGCAGGUCAUGGAUCUGGAGGCGCUAAAUGACGAGCUGCUGGAGAAAGAGCGCCAGUGGGAGGCCUGGAGGAGCGUCCUCGGGGACGAGAAGUCCCAGUUUGAGUGCCGCGUCCGAGAGCUGCAGAGGAUGCUGGACACCGAGAAGCAGAGCAGGGCGAGAGCCGAUCAGCGGAUCACGGAGUCUCGCCAGGUGGUGGAGUUGGCAGUGAAGGAGCACAAGGCCGAGAUUCUCGCUCUGCAGCAGGCUCUCAAAGAACAGAAGCUGAAAGCGGAGAGCCUGUCCGACAAGCUCAACGACCUGGAGAAGAAGCACGCCAUGCUCGAGAUGAAUGCCCGGAGCUUACAACAGAAGCUGGAGACAGAACGGGAGCUCAAGCAGAGGCUUCUGGAGGAGCAAGCCAAGCUGCAGCAGCAGAUGGAUCUGCAGAAGAGCCACAUCUUCCGCCUGACGCAAGGGCUGCAGGAGGCGCUGGACCGGGCAGAUCUGCUGAAGACAGAAAGAAGUGACCUGGAAUAUCAACUGGAAAACAUUCAGGUUCUCUAUUCUCAUGAAAAGGUGAAAAUGGAAGGCACUAUUUCUCAACAAACGAAACUCAUUGAUUUUUUGCAAGCUAAAAUGGACCAACCGGCUAAGAAGAAAAAGGGUUUAUUUAGUCGACGGAAAGAGGACCCUGCUUUGCCCACACAGGUUCCUCUGCAGUACAAUGAGCUGAAGCUGGCCCUGGAGAAGGAGAAAGCACGCUGUGCGGAGCUGGAGGAAGCCCUUCAGAAGACCCGCAUCGAGCUCCGGUCUGCCCGGGAGGAAGCUGCCCACCGCAAAGCCACCGACCACCCACACCCGUCGACGCCAGCCACUGCGAGACAGCAGAUUGCCAUGUCUGCCAUUGUGCGGUCGCCCGAGCACCAGCCCAGCGCCAUGAGCCUGCUCGCCCCGCCAUCCAGCCGCCGAAAGGAGUCGUCGACUCCAGAGGAAUAUAAUCGACGUCUUAAGGAACGUAUGCACCACAACAUUCCUCACCGAUUCAACGUGGGGCUGAACAUGCGAGCCACCAAGUGUGCUGUGUGUCUGGAUACUGUGCACUUCGGACGUCAGGCAUCCAAAUGUCUCGAAUGUCAGCUCAUGUGCCAUCCCAAGUGCUCCACCUGCUUGCCAGCCACCUGUGGCCUGCCUGCUGAAUACGCCACACACUUCACCGAGGCCUUCUGCCGUGACAAAAUGAACUCCCCGGGUCUCCAGAGCAAGGAGCCCAGCAGCGGCUUGCAUCUGGAAGGGUGGAUGAAAGUGCCCAGGAAUAACAAACGAGGACAGCAAGGCUGGGACAGGAAAUACAUUGUCUUGGAGGGGUCAAAAGUCCUCAUCUAUGACAAUGAAGCCAGAGAAGCUGGACAGAGGCCGGUGGAAGAAUUUGAGCUGUGCCUUCCUGACGGGGACGUAUCUAUUCAUGGUGCCGUUGGUGCUUCUGAACUUGCAAAUACAGCCAAAGCAGAUGUCCCAUACAUACUGAAGAUGGAGUCUCACCCGCAUACCACCUGCUGGCCCGGAAGAACCCUGUACUUGCUAGCACCCAGCUUCCCCGACAAGCAGCGCUGGGUCUCCGCCUUAGAAUCUGUCGUCGCGGGUGGGAGAGUUUCUAGGGAAAAGGCAGAAGCCGAUGCUGCCUGGGACUGUACAUCCUGUGAGCAGCAGCCUGUGUGGGCUGAGAAAUUACUUGGAAACUCUCUGCUGAAACUGGAAGGUGAUGACCGACUUGACAUGAACUGUACCCUGCCCUUCAGCGACCAGGUGGUGCUGGUGGGCACCGAGGAAGGGCUCUAUGCACUAAAUGUCUUGAAAAACUCCUUAACUCACAUCCCAGGAAUUGGAGCCGUCUUCCAAAUUUACAUCAUCAAGGACCUGGAGAAGCUGCUCAUGAUAGCAGGGGAAGAGCGGGCCCUCUGUCUGGUAGACGUGAAGAAGGUGAAGCAGUCGUUGGCACAGUCACACCUUCCCGCCCAGCCCGACAUCUCCCCCAGUGUGUUUGAAGCUGUCAAAGGCUGCCACUUGUUUGCCGCUGGCAAGAUCGAGAACAGCCUCUGCAUCUGUGCCGCCAUGCCGAGCAAAGUCGUCAUCCUCCGCUACAAUGACAGCCUCAGCAAGUACUGCAUCCGGAAGGAGAUAGAGACCUCCGAACCCUGCAGCUGUAUCCACUUCACCAAUUACAGUAUCCUCAUUGGAACCAACAAAUUCUAUGAGAUCGACAUGAAGCAGUACACGCUCGAGGAGUUCCUGGACAAGAAUGACCACUCUUUGGCGCCCGCUGUGUUCGCAUCCUCAUCCAACAGCUUCCCCGUGUCCAUUGUGCAGGCGAAUGGUGCGGGGCAGCGGGAGGAGUACCUGCUUUGCUUCCACGAAUUUGGGGUGUUUGUGGAUUCUUAUGGAAGGCGUAGCCGCACAGACGAUCUCAAGUGGAGCCGCUUACCUCUGGCCUUUGCCUACAGAGAACCCUAUCUGUUUGUGACUCACUUCAACUCACUGGAAGUAAUUGAGAUCCAGGCACGUUCCUCCCUAGGGACUCCUGCCCGAGCAUAUCUGGAAAUCCCAAACCCACGCUACCUGGGCCCUGCAAUUUCCUCGGGCGCCAUUUACCUGGCCUCCUCUUAUCAGGACAAGUUGAGAGUCAUAUGCUGCAAAGGGAACCUGGUGAAGGAGACCGGCACUGACCAGCACCGGGUGCCCUCCACCUCCCGCAGCAGUCCCAACAAGCGAGGCCCACCAACAUACAAUGAGCACAUCACCAAACGUGUGGCCUCCAGCCCAGCGCCACCGGAAGGCCCCAGCCACCCCCGAGAGCCAAGCACACCCCACCGCUACAGAGACCGAGAGGGCCGGGCAGAGUUGCGCAGGGACAAGUCCCCAGGCCGUCCCCUGGAGCGGGAGAAGUCCCCAGGCCGGAUGCUCAGCACGAGGAGAGAGCGGUCCCCAGGGAGACUGUUUGAAGACAGCAGCAGGGGCCGGCUGCCUGCGGGAGCCGUCAGGACCCCACUGUCCCAGGUUAACAAGGUCUGGGACCAGUCUUCGGUAUAAGUCUCAACCAGAAAAACCACCUCCUCAUUCAGUCUGCAGGACCACACCACACCCUGGGUCUCUGCUGCAGGGGACCCCAGCGCCCGUCCGCUCGACCCACAUUCAGCACAGCUGGGUCCAGACUGUCCUUGGCACGGAUACCCCCAUGUACAAGGGGUGCAGAUAGCCAAGGCCCGUAGGCGCUGCUGGCACUCGGUGCCCACCCCCGGGCGCCUUCCCGCAGUCAUCCUUUGCACUUUGUCACUCGUCCACUCAUUCAGAGACUUUUGUACUUAGCUCCAGCCUGUACCAGCUCAUCAAAGGACGCCAACCCGGACUGUGGCCGGAGUCUCCUGCUACUCCGAGAUCCUCGGGUUGGUGGUUUUUCUUUGCUUUUUAGUGUUUUUUUUCUUUCUUUUCUUUUUUCUUUUCUUUUUUUUUUUUUUUUAAGACAACAAAAUUCUUAGUAGAUUUGGAUAGCGACGUAUUUCCUGUUGUAGUCGUUUUUAGCUAGAUCACACCAUCAGGUCUCUGCCACUGAAACGUAGCAUAGAAGAGUCCCCGUUGGUUGGCUAACCUCCCGUGUUCAUGUAGCUUCAUUCUUGUUCUGGUCCAGUCUCAUAGAUGGCCCUGUUUGACGCAGGGUGACAUCGUAGCCAAAUGUUUACCGUUCUCAUUGCCUUUUAUGGCCUUGACAACUUCCCUUCCCACCAGCUGAGAAUGUAUGGAGGUCAAUCCGGCCUCAGCUCGGAGGCAGUGACCUGGGGCCAAGGGACCUCAUCGAGCUCUACUUCCCCACCCCUCAGCGUCAUCUCCCCAGCCUGCUUCCCCAGCUUUCCAUGUAGCUUUGGCCAGGAAAGCACGCAACAGACUUGCUGCAAGCCCAGCAUUAACAGGCCUUGGGGUUGGGCCUGGGACCGGGGCACCCACCUCCUGUUCUGAGGGUUGGCGUGUUGCUCCUCACUCCUCUGGAAUGGGGAGGAGACCUGUCUGGGAGCCCUGCAUGGCGGAUCACUGCAUGCGCUGCCCCUGACCUGGUUGCCAAUGUACUGCUGCCAUCCCAUAGCCCCACCAGGCCAAGACCCUCUGGUACCUGUCAACUAACUGGCCACACAGGCUGCAGUUUGUAGCACUGGACACACAAACAAAAACAAAACGCUCAAGCCUUACGACCAGAGAAGGAUUUCAGCAAACCACACUUCUCCCUCAGUUUCCCCUCCCACCUCUGUUCCCUGCUGACUUCAAGAAUGCCUGUGUGUUCACACAAAAACCCAGCACGGUUCUACCCCACGAAACUGUGACUUCGCAGAUGAGCCUUUCCCUAGGGCUGGACCUAAGACCAGGACAUUGGAGAGAAGCCGCAGCUCAACUCUUCCAGCCCUGUGGGGCUGGCGAGUCCCCCCUUAGGUGCAGUGCGGCUUGCCCAGUCUCUCUCCACGCUCUUUAGAGUGGGAAUUCCUGGCAACUGGAUAGAACCAACGUAGAGGCUUUGCAGUUGGCAAGCUAACUAGCGGCCUUACUUCUGCCUUUAAUCUCCCACAAGGCCUCUUCCGCUUUGGAUUCUCCAUGAUUCUUAGGCGUCCUCCACAACUAAGGCACCUCCUAGGUAGGCUGAAAGGUAGACCCGUCCCCACCACAGCCGGUGACCGUGUCCACAGUCCAUGUCACUUCCCCGAUUACAACCUGUCCUAAAUGCCGGCUCCUUCCUGCUCGUCUCUGACCUAAGUGCUUUCUUGUUUGAAACGCCCGUGAACCCUCCAUGUCCAGCGCCCUGCCGCUGUGUUUUAUGUGUGGCUUGGAAUCUCUGGGGUUGUGUCCCCCUCCCCGUUCCCCCAGGGCAGAUCUGACUGACUGUUUGCUGAAGUUUUUGUCUCUUGGUCCACAAGUAUUUGGAAUGGUCACUGAUACCUGGUCUUCAGUCUUGGCAUUUCAUUUAGGACCUCCACGAGAAAUGGGCACCGUGAGCCCUGACCGUGUAUAUUGCGCAUCUCAUCUGUGAAGUGCUUCCUGCUACAUAGAACUAGCUCAAAAGACUGUACAUAUUUACAAGAAACUUUAUAUUCGUAACAAAAAAAAAAGGAAAUUGAAUUGGUUUCUACUUUUUUAUUGUAAAAGGUGCAUUUUUCAACACUUACUUUUGUUUUCAACGGUGGUAGUUGUGGACAGUCAUCUCCGCCAGAGUGGGGAGCUCUCUGUGUGACCACCGAGACGCCAGCAGGAAAUAAUCGUAACCCGAAAUCGCCGUCAAAAGCUUAUUAGCAUCAAUAAGAUUCUAGGUCUCCAAAAGUACAGGCUUUUUCUUCAUUACCUUUUUUAUUCCGAACGAGGAGAACACACGGACAAUUCCAGAUCCACCUUGAGAGGAAUGAACUUUGCUGUUGAACAAUAGUGAAAUAAAGCAAUGAUCUCAAAA